UCGCGCCUCUUUCUCUCUCUCCCCCCUCUUCACAAAGAUUCUCUGUUGAAAUUUCCAUUCCGCUUCUCUCUCGCUUUCUUCUCUCCAUAAAUAUACGGUGCUCAGCUGCGGCGAUCGGACACAUUCCAUUGCCGCUUCUCCGCCAGCUAGCUAGAGCUCCAUAACUCCAUUCAUUCACUUCAUCUCUCACUCUGUCUCUGUUUCAAAUUUCUUCCACAAGUUGAUUGAAGCUUUUCGAUCACAGCUCAAACUCGCGGUUUCUUCUUCGUCGAUUCCUACCGGUUUGUAUUAUAAGGUUCCUUUCUUUUCUUUCAUGGAGAGGUCUCAAAGUGGAUUGAUCCUUUUCGUUGCUAGGCUGCAUUUUCCUAUCGCGCAAUUCUAGUAUCUCUGUAACAGUGUAACUCUGAGUAUUAAUUCCUUCCCUUGUGUAAAAUAUUAUUGUGCAUUAGGUUAUCCCAGAAAGUAACACAAAAUGUUAGACGCCUGGCUGAAGGGAAAGUUCUAUUCUAAAUGCAAGACGGGAAUCAGGAUGACCAAGACUCGGGUAGAUUUGAUACGGAAAAAGAGGAAUGCAAUGCAGAAGUAUUUCAACAAUGAUAUUGCCGAUCUUCUCAUGAAGGGCUUAGAUGUGAAUGCAUAUGGAAGGGCUGAAGGACUUCUGGUUGAACUCAAUCUAUCAAGGUGUUAUGAUUUAUUGGAGCAGUAUUGUCAGCAGAUCUCUGGCAAUCUUUCAGUCAUGAAUAAAGAGGGAGAGUGCCCUGAAGAUUGCAAGGAAGCUGUAUCAACUUUGAUGUUUGCAGCAGCAAGGUUUGCUGACUUGCCAGAAUUGCGUGAUCUCAGAACCAUAUUCACUGAUAGAUAUGGGAAAUCCAUUGAUUUUUUCGUCAAUAAAGAGUUUGUUGAAAAGCUGAAGGGAGAGAUACCAUGCAAGGACAUGAAGCUUCAGUUACUUCAAGACAUAGCAUCAGAGUGGGACAUAGAAUGGAACUCAAAGGCUUUGGAACAAAAGCUAUACACACCGCCACCAGCAACUUAUGAUGUAAAAUUGGAGAAAAGGGAAGAUGAUGAAUCAAACAAAUACAAUACACAGACUUCUCUUUCAGCUAAUGAUAGGAAUAAAGAAAACGAAUCUGCUCAUUUGAAGGUUCCCUUUCAUUACAAGUCAGUCCCUCCUCCAUACACUAAACCACAUGAACCUAAAAAGAAUGGCACUUUGGAUAAUGCUGAAAAUGAUAGGGUUGACAAAGAGGAGAGAGUGAAGCCCAAAUCAGUUAGAAAGGUAAGAGAGGCAGCGAAUGGUGACCAUGAAGAGAAAAAGCUGGACAAAUUGCUGGAGCAUUACAGCAAGAAGAAGGGUGCUUCAGAUAAACAAGAUGAAGAAUGUGGGUGCAGCAAAGUGUUGCCAAAGCGAAGAUCGAUAGAUUUUGGUUCGAGUGCUGGAGGUGAAACUACACCAAAAGGUGGUCAUCUUAGAGCAGCUUCAUAUAAUAUUGACACUUGUUGGAAUCCAAAUGCACACAUCCAUCCAAAGCUACCGGAUUAUGAUGAUCUUAUAGCUAGGUUGGCAGCAGCAAGAUCAGACCAAAUAUGAUGAAAUAAAGAUGAUGCAUGGGUAGAUGGAAAUGUACCAUAUAAUUCAUGGGUCAUGAUCAGUGUAGUAAUUCAUUGAUUGAAUGUACACAAAUAUACAUUUACAUGUUCUAGUCUUCUAGAUCUGAUCUGUACAAAUCAAAGGGCCAUCGUUCCUAACUUCCUAUUCCUUACCUUGCCUUUCACUUACAUCCGUAUAUGCAACUCAAUCC